UGGAGAGUGGACCUGGGAAACACUGGACCGAGGAGGAGGUCAAGGUUUUACUAAGUGUCUGGGCAGAAAGAAAUAUACGAAAACAACUUUACCGAACGCUGAGAAAUAAAGAAGUCUUUAUUUACGUUGCUAAAAGGCUGCGAUCACUAGGAGUAUACAGAGACUGGAAGCAGUGCCGGGCAAAGUAUAAAAAUCUCAAGUACGAAUACAGGACAGUUAAGCAUGCCCACAGGUCAGGAGACAGCGCGAGGACGAUGAAGUUCUUCCAUGCCCUGGACGCAAUCCUGCAGUCUGAACCGACCGCACAGUUAACAGAGGAGAAGGAUGGUUGCAGCAAGUGCCUGGCAACCCUGAGCCCAGUUACCGCCCCAGAGAUCGCCGAAGAAACAAUGUCUACACCUGUCAAGAAAACAUCUCCUGAGACCACUGCAAACUGGUUUCCUCAAAGCUUAACAGAACUGGAAGGUUCUACAGGAUGUUUCUUCCAUCAGGACCCUCACCUCCACCAGAGCGCUGCCCUUUUUUCCCGCGCGGUCUGCUCCUCUAGUUCACCUCGGAUAAUGGCGACAGCCGUAGUAGUGAACGUCGGGAAGAAGCUCUACGAGGGUAAAACAAAAGAAGUGUAUGAAUUGUUAGACACCCCAGGCAGAGUCCUCCUGCAGUCCAAGGACCAGAUCACAGCAGGGAAUGCAGCUAGGAAGAACCACCUGGAAGGCAAAGCCGCCAUCUCCAACAAGAUCACCAGCUGCAUAUUUCAGUUGUUACAGGAAGCUGGUAUAAAAACUGCUUUCACCAAGAAAUGUGGGGAGACUGCCUUCAUUGCACCCCAGUGUGAAAUGAUCCCCAUUGAGUGGGUGUGCCGAAGAAUAGCAACUGGAUCUUUCCUCAAAAGGAACCCUGGUGUACAGGAGGGGUACAAGUUCUAUCCACCCAAAGUGGAGAUGUUCUUCAAGGACGAUGCCAAUAAUGAUCCGCAGUGGUCGGAGGAGCAACUCAUUGCUGCAAAAUUUUGUUUUGCUGGCCUAGUUAUAGGGCAGACUGAAGUGGACAUCAUGAGUCAUGCCACACAAGCUAUUUUUGAAAUUCUGGAGAAAUCCUGGCUGCCCCAGGAUUGUACGCUGGUUGAUAUGAAGAUUGAAUUUGGCGUUGAUGUAACCACCAAAGAGAUUGUUCUUGCUGAUGUCAUUGAUAAUGAUUCCUGGAGACUAUGGCCAUCGGGCGAUCGGAGCCAGCAGAAGGACAAACAGUCUUACCGUGAUCUCAAAGAAGUAACUCCAGAAGGACUCCAGAUGGUAAAGAAAAACUUUGAGUGGGUUGCAGACCGAGUGGAGUUGCUUCUCAAGUCAGACAGUCAGUGCAGGGUGGUAGUGCUGAUGGGUUCCACCUCUGACCUUGGUCACUGUGAGAAAAUUAAGAAGGCUUGUGGAAAUUUUGGGAUUCCGUGUGAACUUAGAGUAACAUCUGCGCAUAAAGGACCAGAUGAGACUUUGAGGAUUAAAGCAGAAUAUGAAGGGGAUGGCGUACCUACUGUAUUUGUCUCUGUGGCGGGCAGAAGCAACGGUCUAGGCCCAGUGCUGUCUGGCAAUACUGCAUAUCCGGUUAUCAGCUGUCCCCCGAUCACACCAGACUGGGGCGCUCAGGAUGUGUGGUCAUCUCUUCGACUGCCCAGUGGUAUUGGCUGUUCAACUAUACUUUCUCCAGAAGGAUCUGCUCAGUUUGCUGCUCAGAUAUUUGGGUUAAACAAUCAUUUGGUGUGGGCCAAACUUCGAGCGAGCAUAUUAAACACGUGGAUAUCCUUAAAGCAGGCUGAUAAGAAGGUCAGACAAUGCAAUUUGUAAAGAAGCAAUUUAAUUUUUAGGAGAAAAGUUACGUAGUCCUAGUUUGGAUUUAAAGAAAAAAGUCAAGCAAAAUGAUUUCACAUAAGAGAAAACAAUUCAGUUACUAAUAAACAAAUAUUAUUCAGUGUU